UCGCACAGUCUUCUUUCACACUCCAAGGAGUAUUGUUUCAUCAUAUGAAGUUUCGUCGGACUAGGGAUAUAAUUGAGAAUAUGAAUCUACUCGUUGUGUUGGUUAUUGUAACAACGCUUUUGAACAUUAUAAGAGCCGCACCAAGCGUGGACAUAAGUAAUGACGAAUUGAUGGAUGGAAAAUAUCUGUGUGAAGCCGGAUCAAAGAAAUAUGACGGACCUUUUAUCGUAAGGUUAAUAGCUACCACGAACGGGCAAACAGUCGUCUGCUAUGAGUGUAGCCAGUCGGAUUUCAAAACCAAGUACAACGUUAAGCCCUGCGCGGAGCGAUUAGUACCGGGGAAACCCGUCGGAAGUAGCCACCAUAGGGAGACUGUGCCAUAUCUUAUUAGAAUGGAUCCCAUCUACAACAAGGAUACCUGGGGCAGCAAACUCAAAAGGAACUUCGAUGAAAUUGACAAGGCAUCGGCCAGUUUCAGCAUUCUGAACCAACUUGUCUAGUGAUAUCAUUUUAAGCGCUUGUAAAUUCUCACGGCUACGAACGAUACACGACCGAAAGAUACUACAGAUACUCCUCCAAAUAGGCUUCAUGUCAAGGGAUUAAUUAUGGAAAAUACAAUAAAUGCACUCAAAUAUAUAUUAUAAAUAAA